AUGAGAUUUCAACAGUUAGCUCUCUUCGGCUUGGUUGCUCUGGCAGCUGCGGUUCCUCUGUCUGCGAAGGACAACCGCGCCGUGCUUGCAUCGGAAGCCUCCCUAUCUCCUAAGAAUAGGCAUAGAGAUAUCUCCGCUCGGGCCACUAUUCCUGGUCUCAGGGGCGACAAAGUCAACUUGAUUGUUCGCGGUGAGACAGCUACAAAUGGUACCAGGCAUGGCAAAGAUGGCGAGGGUGGCAAACAGGGCGGAGAAGAUGAAGACGGCGAAGACAAUGAAGAAGGUAAAGAUGAGGAUGAUGAGGACGGCGAUAACAAGGAGGGUGAUGAGGGUGGUGAGAGUGGUGAUAGUGAGGAAGGUGAGGAGGGUCACAAGGGUCACAAGGGUCCACACGGAGGCCAACACGGUCAGGAAGACCAACACGGUCAGGAAGGACAUGAUAAUAAUGGCCAAGCCGCUAAACGAGGGGGAGGUAAGUGA